UCAAGUGAUUUUUUUUAAAAAAAUAUAUGAAAAAUGCUAGUUGCAUGUUUCAUUGUUAGUUGGUGAAGUUGAAUUGCACUUGUGAUUUUCUUAUCACUCUAACCCCUAUGUCCCUCUCCCAAACCACUAAGCCACUUUAUCACACCUCUAGUGAAAUUAAGAUUCUAUUUAUGAUACACUUAUUUGUGUAUUUUUUUUUGUCUUAGUAUAUAGUAGUAUAUAUUCAUAAUUGCUAAAAGACCAAUGUGUUUGAAAGAAAAUUAUAGGUAACAAAUAUUUUUAGUCCCCUUAUUAGCUAUAUCUACAUUAUACUAUUUCAUUCCAUUUUCUAACAAGAAGAUGGAGAAACAUGAAACACAACAUUGGUUUGUAAGAGCAAAACCAUUCAUAGCAGUUGUGUUUUUGCAAUUUGGAUAUGCAAUUAUGGAUGUUUUAUCAAAGGCUGCAAUGAAUAAGGGAAUGAGCAAUUAUGUAUUUAUUGUGUAUCGACAUGUUGUAGCAUUCAUUUUCAUAACCCCUUUUGCACUCUAUUUUGACAUCUAUAAAUAUAAGAAAGUAAGGACUAAAAUGACAUUUUCAAUCUUCAUGAAGAUAGUGUUGCUCAGCUUUCUAGAACCUGUUAUUGGUCAAAAUUUGUAUUUUUUAGGGAUGAAGUACACAACAGCAACCUUUGCAGCUGCCAUGACCAAUAUCCUUCCUGCCAGUGCCUUUAUCUUGGCCUGCAUUUUUAGGCUUGAGAAGAUAAAGGUAAAAUGUAUAAGGAGCCAAGCAAAAGUGGUGGGAACCAUAGCAUCUGUUUCAGGUGCAAUGGUGAUGACUCUAAUUAAAGGCCCUGUACUUUUAGGGACAUUUGGAGGCAAUAGUCAUAACCAGCAUACUGAUGAGACCAAUACUCAACCUGUAGUAGCUGGCUCUAUAAUGAUUGCAUUAGGAUGCUUUAGUUGUGCUUGUUUUGUGAUCGUUCAAGCUAUUACCCUUAAAACCUAUCCUGCACCACUCUCUCUUGCCUCAUGGAUAUGUUUUUUGGGCACACUUGAAACUGCAGUAGUGGCUAUGAUUAUGGAAUGGUGUAAUCCUUCAGUUUGGUAUAUAAAAUGGGAUAUGAGAUUGUUGUCUAUUGUUUACACUGGUAUAGUCUGCUCAGGGGUGUUAUAUUUUGUGCAAGGAGUAGUGGUGAAAUCUAGAGGCCCAGUAUUUGUAACAGCGGUUAGUCCUUUAUGCACAGUAAUUGUUGCUAUCUUGGGAUACUUCAUUUUGGCGGAAGAAUUGUUCCUUGGAAGGGUUAUAGGUGCUGUUAUCACUUGUUUGGGCCUAUACCUUGUUGCUUGGGGCAAAAGCAAAGACUACACUCCAUCAGAUCCAGUUAUUCAAGAAUUUGUAUUUUCAGCUGAUGAAGGCAAUGUUAAGAAUGAACAUUUUGCUCAAGAGAUCAUCACUAUUCAGUAAUUCUAAAAUUGAAAUCAAACUCCAACUAAAUACUUUCUCCGGUCUUAAUCAUAAGCAAACUAUUUGCUUAUAAUUAAGGUCGGAGGGAGUAAGUAUUAAGAUGACCAUGUUUAGUAUUCCUAAUUGAUUGACCUAUCAAUUCUGAUAUCAUUAAGGAAAGACAAUAACCAUAAAAAAUAUUCAGAUUUUGUAGACACAUUAGGCUAUUACAGAUAGGAUGCAAGUGACAACAUUAAUUUAUAAGUGUAGCAAAUAUAAAUAUUAGAAUUUCAUUUUCAAAA